UUCCCUGUUCUGUUCAACUCUAGCUUCCUCCUUAACCUUCAGUCAAACCUCCCUCGAUCCAUCUUUCAAAUCCAAAUCUACACAAUUUUCAAAUGAUUUCUUAAUAAUUAACCAGAUUUAAUCAUUGAAAAACAAAAUAUAUAUAUGGCGUAGUCUUUUUUAAUAAUCCAAAUGCAGCUCCCGAUCGAUGUGAGUAAUAUUUAUUAUCUGCAAAAUGCAUGUUCACAUCAUCUAAUCUUUCAUCUUCUAUAGGUUCUUCCUUCUUCUCCUUCUUACAGCUCUCUGUGAAUUUGUCUCCAUCUCAACGUGUCCAUGUGUAGUACGAACAUUAUGGUAUCAGCGGCGGAAACGGCUACAAUGGCGGAAGCUAAGAUGGUUUUCAUGACUGAGACGGCGUCACCACCGUCGUCAGGACCACGUAUCUCCUUCUCAGCUGAUUUGUCAUCAUCAGAUAGCGACGGAGAUUACAUCUGUAUCAACCCUGUGAACCUCAUUGUCGGUAAAGAAGAAAAAGACAAGACGAACUUGGUGAAAGCUGGAGACUUUGAGUUUCUGUCUGAAAACGUAACGAGUAACCAAACGAUGCUUACCGCCGACGAGUUGUUCUGUGAAGGAAAGUUACUUCCUUUCUGGCAGGUAAAGCAUUCAGAGAAGCUUAAAAACGUCAACUUGAAAACAAAAGUUGAAGUCGAAGAAGAAGAAGAAGAUCAUAAAGUAGUGAGAGAUGAGGUUGUUCAUCACACCAAGGAGCAGGAGAACAACAACAACAACAACAACAGAGGAAGCUGGUUUCUUGACGACGACCCUUCUCCACGUCCACCAAAGUGCACUGUGCUGUGGAAAGAGCUUUUACGGCUGAAGAAACAGAGGACCACCACGACGACAACGGUUUCUUCAACGAGGGUAUCGUCUCUAUCGCCGUCUUCAUCUUCAAGCUCGACAUCGUCUUCUUCGAGCUCGAUUGGGGAUGCGGUGAAGAAGGAAGAGAGAGAGAAGGAAGGGAAGAGAGGUAAGAAAGGGUUAGAGAGGACGAGAUCUGUGACUAUGAGGAUAAGACCAAUGAUUCAUGUUCCUGUUUGUACUCCUUCUAAGUCCUCUGCUCCAUUGCCUCCUCUGUUUCCUCUAAGGCUACACAAAAACAGAGUAGAGAGACGAACUUGAUGAACAUCUUUUGUGUGGUUUAUAUUUAUCCUUCCUUAAUUUGGUUGGGUUUUGUGAUUGAGAUCUGAGUUGUGACAGUGUAAAUGUGAACAUUUUCAUACCCGGGAGAACAAUAAAGAAUUUAUCAUUAUUGAAUCCAUUUUUAUGCUUUUCA